UCGCAUUAUGUACCGGCAUUUAUCCGAAUGAGGUAGUGACGUUUCUCACUAACAAUUUACACGGGGACGUCAGCCUCAGCUGCACCCAAGCCCUGCUAGCCUAGGCGUCAACCGUUGUCAACCGUUGUCAACAGAGAGAAAUAGGAGCUCCCCUCCGUAAUACCAAAAUAUCUAGAAUUGCAGGCCUGUCAAGCUACCACCGAUUAUUAUCUCGGUGAAUUCUUGACAAGAUGCCGAUCCCUCAAAGCCUAAUACCACGAGGCACCUUCAUCUUAGCUAACAAGACCCAUUGUCAAUUUAACUAGGCCUACAACUCUAUGUUCAACAAUGACCCCAACAUCCCACGUCUAAUUGGGAACUUCCCUCUACUCCCCCUCCGCACCAAGACCCGUGGUCCCGCGUACGUGCUACCGCAGCCCAACCCACCGCUUCCUGCCAACGAAAGCCCCGACCCGGAUGCCGAGUCCUACGAUAUCCUAGACGAAGUGAUCUCGCUCUUCCGUGCCAACACCUUCUUCCGUAACUUCGAGAUCCAAGGCCCAGCUGACAGGCUGUUGAUCUACGGCAUCUUAUUUGUGAGCGAGUGUCUCGGCAAGAUUCGCCCUCAGCAUACCCUGAGGGACGCCACGAAGGAGGUCCUCAACACUGCUCUAGACCUCAACUUCGCUAUCCCGGGUGAUCCUGCAUUCCCCCUGAACCAGAUCUACGAGCCACCACGAGACAGGCAGGACGCCGAGCAACUACGACAGUAUCUCUCCCAGGUGCGACAAGAGCUAGCCUCGCGAUUACUAGCGCGAGUCUACGAGGAAGAUGAUAGCAAGCCGAGCAAGUGGUGGUUAAGUUUUACAAAGAGGAAGUUCAUGGGCAAGUCAUUGUAGGGGGGAUAAUAUCUCUACAACACACAGGGACGUAGAAGUAUCGAAUACAAAAGAAGCCUGUUGAGCCGUCAAGUAAGGGGAAUUCUUGUUAUGGGGGUAUCAAUCGCAAAUCUAUGCG